CCAAUGGCACAGCUGAGGAGGCGCUGUGAGAGCUGAGUCAGAGAGGCGGGCAGCAGCAGCCAGCUGUUAGAAAGCAGCGCUCCUGAACCAUCCGCUACUGCUACUGCACCAGGUGAAUAUCUCUACGUCAACACAAGAGCAGAGCAAGGAGACACUUCUGCAAAUCUGCGCUUUUUUUUUUCUCCUUUUCAAAAUUUGCGACUCUUCCCCCGCGUGACUGGUGUCUAUCAAGUGGGUGAAACUCGAAAGAUAAACAGAGAGAAGGAGCUCGAGAACAGACUCAAAGACGGCUGUAAAAAUGGGAAGAAAGAAAAUACAAAUUUCUCGUAUAUUGGAUCAAAGGAAUAGACAGGUGACUUUCACCAAGCGUAAGUUUGGUCUGAUGAAGAAAGCGUAUGAGCUGAGUGUGCUGUGUGACUGUGAGAUCGCCCUCAUCAUCUUCAACAGCACCAACCGUCUGUUCCAGUACGCCAGCACAGACAUGGACAAGGUGCUGCUCAAGUACACAGAGUACAGCGAGCCGCAUGAGAGUCGCACCAACACAGACAUACUCGAGACUCUGCGUAGGAAGGGUCUCGGUCUGGACGGCUCUGAGCUUGACAGUGAGGAGAGCAUGCAGGUGUCUGCAGACAAAUAUCCUGUCAGUGAGGGCAUGGACCUCUCUGUGGCUCGCCAGCGCCUCUAUGCCCCAUCACUUCUUCCCCCAGAGGCCCAGUUCCUGGUGUCUGCAGGCUGUGAGAACGGCUUCCCCAACUCCUCUGGAUCCAGCAUGGUGUCCCACAGACCUCAGGGCUUUAAAUCUCUGAGCUCCAGAACCAGCUCAACUAGCCCGGCUGCACCACACUCACACAGUGCUUUUAUGUCUCCUCACUCAGGUAUCGGCUACUCUGUGUUCUCCCAUGGCGGUCUGAACAGAGCUCUGGACAUGAAAAGCCCUCCUCCUCUGAACCUGGGCACUGAGAACCUAAGAGGAGAAGCUGCUAAUCAGGGCAUUGGGGCCACACGUGCCAACCACAGCUCUGCGAGAGGGGUCUUGUACCAGGGUCUGCACAGCAGCAGCUCCAUGGUAGCGAUGGGAAAGUCAGGGCUGCUGGGUCACAGUUUGGGGGGGUAUGGACUCACCGCUCCUGGAGCAUCUGAGUACAGCCAAGCUGGUUUCUACCACUCAGUUAGUCUACAAAGAGGAACAGUGAACCCCUGGCACCCAGCACAGCAACCUCAGGAGUCCCAUGGGCCUCAUAUAAGCCCAGGGAUGUCCACUGGAGGGUGCUCCUUCCCCUCUCAGUCGUGCUCCUCAUCCUCUCCACAUCUGCCAUCCCUCAACCUCAGCAUCAAAUCGGAGCGCAGCUCGCCUGAACACAUGUCCUCCCCUACCUCCCCCCCUCUCCACCACCUCAGGCAGCACUCUCCAAUGAGUAACCCCGAUUCUGCUUGCCACACUCCUCCAGAAGCCCGCCCGGCCAAUGAGACGAAAGAGUUUCCCAAAGUGGGGUACGAGGAGGAAGGAGGGCAGGCGCUCAGGCAGCUAGAGAUCAGUGAUGGGUGGCAGAGAUAGCUGCCUGCUGCAGUCCAACACCAUCUCCCAUUUAAUCAGCCAUCUUCCAUCAUAGCCCCCCCCCUCCCCACACACACACACACACACACACACACACACACCCCCCACACACAUAGAUAAAACACACAAGGUAGUGAGAUGGGAUGGAUCUAACCCCUGUCCUGCUUGAGAGGGCCUCCUCUCUCUGUUUCCUCACGCAGAGCUGGUCUCUCCUGAGCAAUGGCGAUUUUUGUCUGCGUCGCCUGGUUGAUCCUGUGAGGAGAAACAUGCAAACAGACAUUUGCUUUUUUGUUUGGUUAGCUUUAGGUUUUUGUGUGGAGCUCAUAGGAGCCAGAAUAUCAUUUGACAAGUGUGCUCUGUUUUUUUUUCUAACUCCAUUCAAAUAAACUAGCAGCACACUGGGACCAGCUGAAUAUCUAUAAAAACUGCAGAACCACCACAGCAUUUAGCCAGAUAUUAGGCCUACCAUCUCCCAACAUGAAACACAGAUUGCAAACAUCUGUGGAGGAUUUUUUUAAAAGAUUAUUUCACCAUUUUUUUGAAAACCUUUAAACCAGCAUUUCCAAAACUUCAGAAUGCUGCUGCUCAAUUUGAGACCAGACAAUCUACCAAAAAAAAAACCUUGUACAAUCACAACAUGAGACUCAAAUAUAAACCUUUUAUUUGUUAUAGAUAUUUUUAUUAGAAGGGAAUUUCAGUGGGAGUUUCAAUGUUUCUAAUACAUUGUAAAUGUAAAUGUACUUUGUAGCCCAGCAAAGUCUUCCCAAGUUGCAUUUAUAUCUUUAAAGAUACUGGCAAAUUCUUAAAAAUCAGGAAGUGAGCGGCUUAGGAGAGUGCAUCACAGAGUCACUAGUUAACCCAACUCCAGUUAAACAUGACAUCAAUUGCAUAGAUCAGACAAAAUAAAUGAUAAAACGGUGGCAUGCGUUAGAACCAAUGAUUGUUUUUUUUCGUUCCUUCUGAGUCUGGAAAUAAACAUGUUAUCAAGUAUUUUAUGAUCAAUUAAAACUAAUUCCCUUUUUUUUUAUUUCAGUGAUGUUUAGUGUUCAUGCAUGACCUCUCAUGGCCCACCUAAAGUAACUCUGUGGCCCCCCCAGUGGGCCCUGGCCCACACUUUGGGAAACACUGCUUUAAACAAUGUUUAUUUAAAAUAGAUUCCUUUAUCAUGCAAAUCUGACAUGAGAAAUUGCUGGGAACAUAAUCUAUGUCCUUUAUUCUGUGUGAAAUAUAGUCCUUCCUUUACUCGUUUAUGCUUUUUCCUGUAUAUUUGAAACCGCUCCGGUAAUGAGACUUUACAGUGAAGAAAAGUUUUUGCACAAAUGCAAAAAAAAAAGGUUGAAUAGUAAUGUAAAAAAGGAGUUCUGUUAGGGAUCUCUUCAAGGCCAGUAUGCAGGAGAAACAAUGAAUGAAUGAAUGAAACCUUUAUGACCUCCAGAGGAUACAUUUUGCAUGUAAACAAAAAGACAACAUACAGACAGAACAGCAUGAUUACAUGAAACAGAACCAAUAAAAUAUAUAUGGCCUUAUAUAAAACUAAAGUUUGUGUGCGUCAUCCACUGUGCAGUGCCACCACUGAUCAACAAACCAAAAGCCAAUGAACAUAUUCGGAGCUUUAGUUAUUCUUUGAAAACACACUUUGCUUUCAUAAUUCUGGGCGGUGGUCAGUGUGUCUCAGGGAGUUCAGCCACGCCUCCUUUUGAAAGCUUGAAAACGUCAUCAGUCUGUGUUUGUUUUUACGACUGAAAAUGUGGAUAAAAUAAGCUUUAGUGACUAUAAUUCCUCAUAAAAUAAAAAGUUUGAUCUUAGUAGUAUACUCCAAUGUUGGCACAACUUUACCAUACUACUCCAGCUAAAGACCAAAGUUUUAAAUAUUAUCCCACACACUGUAACAGCUGAAGAAAUGUAGUUUUCAUACUGGGGCUGUUUGGAUAAAAACUAGGGCUUUCUUAGUUUUUAUUAAGUUAAUUGCAAUUCAUCUCCUUUUUGGUUUCAUUGUGGGGUUUUUGUACUGUCCAAAACUAUUUAAAAAAAAAAGAGGAAUUCAGGGUAGAUUAAAAAUCAUGACAUGAACUUAACCAUGGAAAAAAAGAACUUGUUGUGGACUGAAAAGGAAG